AUGACGAUGUAUUACUUGAUCAGUGCUUCCGCCUUCUUUGUGCUCUGCAUAUUCUUCAACGGUGUCUCUGCAGUUGCAACAUAUGCAGGCUUGUCAACAAUGGAGGAUUCGCACUCCCUGGUAGCGUCCAAUAUGACAAAUGAAAGCGUGAAUUCGAGCUAUAAAAUCCCAACGCUCCUGGGUGUGGGAUUUGGGCAGAAAAUGCGGCAAGCUUGCGCAAAAGAAGACAUAGUAGUGAAUCAGAGCCCCGAAUCCCCCAUGCCAAACGGACUUCCAUCAUACACUGUAGAAAUUCAGAAUAUGUGCCCCACAGGCUGCUCAAUUGCCCAAAUCCACCUUACCUGCGGAUGGUUCAGCUCUGGAGUAGAGGUAGAUCCAAAAUUAUUCAAGCGUUUAAGGUACAACGACUGCCUUGUCAACAAUGGGAAUCCAAUAAAGGCCGGAGGCUCUGUAUCCUUCGUUUAUGCACAAACUUCUAAAUAUCCCAUGGCAGUCUCUUCUGUGAAAUGUGUCGCAUGA